AUGACGGAGAAUUACCAAGGAGACUUAGCCGACAUCUUAAGGGCCAGUGGAAUCCCUUCUUCCUCCGACAGCUGGAAGUUCACCACCGUCGACGACGACGACGGCGACUUUCACUCAGGCGCAGUCGCCGCCGUCGACGACCCAAUUGAAGAGUUUGGAGAUCCGUUUAGCAACUUCAGGCCGGAUCCACUCUUUAUCAACAGUACUCCCUCCGUUGAUGAUAACGAUGAUCAUCGUGAACAACAAAUGAUGAUGAAUCCUUCUUCUAAUAUUAAUAAUAAUAAUAAUAUAUUCUCAAGGAUGCUUCAGAUCUCGCCCGAUCAUCUUUCGGGUUCUCCUUCCGGAUCACCGGCGACUUCAGCUGUUGCGGGAAAGCGGGUUCAGAUCUCGUCCCCGGGAAAUACGGGGAUCAAGAGACGGAGGAGCCAAGCAAAGAAGGUGGUGUGCAUUCCAGCACCAACAGCAAUAAACAUUAAUAGUACUAGGUCAACUGGGGAAGUGGUUCCUUCUGAUCUUUGGGCAUGGCGAAAAUAUGGUCAGAAACCCAUAAAAGGUUCUCCUUAUCCUAGGGGAUAUUAUAGGUGCAGCAGCUCAAAGAGUUGUUUGGCAAGAAAACAAGUUGAACGUAGCCGAAACGAUCCAAACAUGUUGGUCAUAACCUACACUUCCGAGCACAACCAUGCCUGGCCUACCCAAAGGAAUGCACUUGCCGGGUCAACAAGGUCCCAACCCAACAAGAUGGUUGGAACAACCUCAAAAUCGAAGUCAAGUACAUGUUCCAAACAACCUCACAAGGCAUCAUCAUUAACAUUAAUAAACACAAAGAAAGAAGAAGAUGAGAAGGAGCAACCAAUGGUUAAGGAAGAGCAAAUGGAUGGGAAUGACACUACUUUUGGAUUGGACGGUUUCCAUCAUCAUCAUGAUGAUAAUUCUCUAAUGAGUAAUAGUAAUAAUAAUAAUUAUAAGCCUACUUUGCCGGAUUAUUCAGGUCAUUGCGAUGACUUGUUUGGGGACUUGGGAGAGAUAGAUGGGGACUCUAUCGGUUUAUUGUUUAGCCAAGGGUAUUUUGGUCAAGAGAAAGGUGACAAUAUUAUUAAUAAGGGUAACACGUUCGAUCAUUUUAGUAGUUUGUUCGACUGGAUUGAUAAUAAAGACAAAGGAGGGUUAUGAUCACAAUUAGGUUUUUGGAACUAAACCCUAGAGAGAAACACAACAAAACAAAAAUGAUGGUUUGAUAUUUUUUAGUUAGUGGGGUUUUCUUGUGGAUAUAAUUUUACUACAUUAUUGAAGUUCAUUGCAUUA